AUGAAUCGACGCAGUCGGAAUCCCUCUGAUUCCUCGAUCCCCAGCAUCAUAGUCACAUCACCAACACCGGCACCGCGAGAUGACAUGGUCAACACCCAGAGCUCAGCACGAAGCUCUACGUACGCAUCGUCACGGUCGGGUCCUAGUUCAGAUACGAGAGUUGCUGCAUCUAGCUUACGAAUCCCAUCAAAUUCGAACACCUCAGGCGUUACCCCUCGUUCAGCACAAAGCUCAUCAAGAAGCUCCAAAACCUAUGUAUCUGAAAAUUUACGGCCUGAUGUGAAAACCUCUACCGUUAUACGCCGUACAGCGCCUCCGACAAUUCCUUUCACAGCCUACCACCCUUCGCCAAUGCCUGUUGCGGACAUGCUCAGAGGCGAAAUUCGCAACGUUAUCGAGGCGGACAUUAUCACAGUAAUUUUGUACAUUAUGGGCGCCGUCCACUGGACCGAGCUCUUCAGCAUCGACCUACCCGACACCAUGACCAAGAAGAUAUGUACAGCCCUAUUGGUGCUCUAG